AAAGUGGCUUUUUUGAAUGUAAAAACUCACGCCUGUUUCAUUUAUUUCUGCCGAUUGCUUUUACUAUUCAAUGUUAUUAUAUCCAAUUCUCUUGCUGAAUCUUCAGCACAAUUUUCAUCCUGUUCUUCCUUCCAGAUUAUUUCAUAAAUUGCUCUUCACACUCCCUUACCAUACAACACGCAUUCAGACAAGGUGCAAAACUACCGUCAAAAGCAUUGGAUUCUUAUGGCUAAUGAUGUUUCGUCUUUGAGGUUGGAGUUACUCAGUGCCAAGUCCAGACUGGUUAACUAUUUGCAGAAUCAUCAUAAUUUUCGGCCAGUUCAGAGAGAGUUUCUAGAGUUAGUGUCCGAAUUCGAAAUAUUAAAACUAAAGGCUCAAGAUAUAUAUGGGAUAUCAAGAGAAAAGGUUAUACCUCAAUUGAAGUCCGUUCAUUUUGAUCUAAAUGAGGGAGACAAUCGAGUAUCCUCAGUGUCUAAUAUACACCAAAAUGCAGUAUCACAACUCCAGGAACUUUUGGAUAUGCAUGACAAUUGUUCCUAUCUCCUAGAAUUGCACCAGGCCAUAAAUAGCUUCGAGUCUUCAGUAAAUCAACUGUUAUACCAAUGUUCACGUCGUUCGGUCGUUGAUAAGAAAAAGAAAUGGGAAGACACGGUUGUAAAAUCUCCCAAAGACUCAGAGAUUGAUUUAGAACUCGAUGAUAAAUGUGUGGAAAUAGAUGAAGAAACCUAUCGUUUAUGUGUUGAUACUGUGGUAACAUCACUUGAAGAAUCUGAACAUCUACUUGCGAAACAUAAAAAGUUUAGUAAAGAUGUAGUACUUGUCUUUCAAAGUUGUCAACAAACAUUUACACGUUGCAAGAAUCGUCUUACUCAACAUGUUGAUGAUCUUUGGCGUCGGUGGAUCAUCCUAGAAGUUCCUUCAAAACAUCAGAAUGUAUCUUCAAAGUUCAAUGUUAAUAAUAUAUAUCCUUCUAUUCGUGGACAACUUCAGCCGAAUGAUUUUUUCAGUUUUUUAUUCGAUGCUUGUAUACCAUCACCUACUGAUAUGUGUAAAUCUUUAAGACAGCCGAGUUAUACAUCCGAUUCCGUUUUUUAUGAAGUUUCUGAUCAUGAUGUGCCGACUACUCAAUCAUACGGGGAAUCCACUGUUUUAGCUAGUCUCAAAAUAUUGGCUAAACCUGGAUUGAUCUCUCAGUUGUUACGUAUUAUUGAUGCUUUAAAAGAGUCUAAGAGUCGUAUACUUGAAUUGGCUAAUCAAAUUUGGACGUAUAUAUUUAAACCUUGGCUUAAAAAGGUACCAUGUGUGUCGGGACCAAAUGUUGGCUGGGGAAAAUUAAAGUGUCAAAUAAUUGAACAAUCUGUAAACAUCGAAUCAGAUCAUGAAUUAUUUAUCAAAGAAAUAGGCCUAGAAACAACCGAUAAUAAUGAUGUUUAUAUGACUCAAUAUUUACGUUUAACAUUAAUUGCUCCAAAUACUCCUCCUCCUAAUACUACUACUACAAAUCCUAAUGAAAAUAAUCAUAAUCAUGAUGACAACGAGGAUGAUGAUGAUGAUAAUUUAAUCUCUAGUUCAUGUAAUCAAUUAACUAAAGUAUUUCAGGAGUUGUAUACUUAUCUAUUUGGUUUACAAGCCAUUCAAUCAGACAAUAAACGUUUUAUUGAUAUAAUUGUAAAUAAUAAUAUUGAUAGUGAUUCAGGAAUGUUCAAUAAUGAAUUAGUUAAAGAUUUAAUUGAUGGACGUUUUAAUGCUGGUUUACCAUCAGCUGAAAAAUUACAUAAAUCAGAGAUAAUUGCAAUAUUAACACAAGUUGUUCUACGAUUAAUUAGUGUUGGUCGAAAUACUGGAUUUUUAAUAGAUGAUAUUAAUCACCUUCAUGAUGAUGAUGAUGAUAAGACUGAUUCAUUUAAAGUAUCAGCUAUUGGCGGUGCAACAAAAUUAAAUCUUUGGAUUGAUAGUCUUUCUAUAUUAAAACAUAAACGAUCAGCUAAUGCAAUAUUAGAAGAAUUACGUGAAUUAUUAGCUGAUCGUAAAUUAUUUUAUUCAAUGUGUUCAACUAAUAGUUUAGUAAAAGUAUGUGAAAAAAACGCUACAACUACAACAACUAAUUUCACUACAAAACAUAAUGAUAUUAAUAAUACUGAUGAAGGUAUUUAUGAAGAGGAUGACUUAAUAUUAGACGAUUGUAUCGAGAAUGAUACCAUUGAAUUGGAAUAUUCAGAUAAAACUAAUAAGAAUGAUCAAAUUCUAUCGAAACUAUUAAAAUCCAAAGGUAAUUUGGAUAAUAUUUCACGGCAUUUAGAUCUAGGACAAUUUGAUUUUCCUGAUUGUAUGGUUUCUGAAACUGUAGAUCUUGUUAUGAAACAAAUUUAUAAAAUACUUCAUGAUUGUGAAUCAUAUCUUGAACCAAUUAUAAAUGAAGUUAGUCAAUCAUUGAAUGAUACUCCAAGUACAUUGAAUUCAAAAAAAUUUAAUACUAUUGCAUUUGUUGAAUUUAUCAUCAAAUUAAUUCCUCGACUUAUAAUGUUAUUCACAUCACUUGUACCGACUUUACAUGCCGAUGUCUUUCAAGGAGAUUUACGUUUUGCUGUUCUUUACUACAAUGAUUGUAUGUAUUUAGCUCAUGAAUGUUUAACAUUAGGUGAACGUGGUCUUUAUAAAUUUGUUCAACAGUUUUUAGACUUAGGCUAUGAUAUCAUGACUAAUACAUUGAACAAUACUACUGUUACAUCAAAUGAAUCAAAUACAUUCAAUAAUUUGAAUAUAUUAGAAAGAUCAGCUUCUUUAAGCACAUGUAUUUUGGUACCACAUUUACGUCAAUCUGGUGUUAAUAAUUUAUUAGAUCAUUUAAGACGUGAACGACAAUUUUUAUUACGAUAUGUUGAAAGGAUUCAAGGAUUUCAUAAUGUCAGUUCCUCGAUUGGUAAUCGUCAUUGUACUACAGCUAUAGAAGAUUGUUGUCAUCAUUUGCAUAAAAUUUCAGAAGCACUCAGUCCACUUCCUCGUACAGUUUAUUUUCGUGCUAUGGGGAUCAUGUGUAAUUGUGUUUGUACGGAAUUAGUAAAAACUAUCUUGAAAUUAAUCGAUAUUACGAAAUCAGAUUGUGAUAACAUUCUGAUCUUGUUGGAGUCUAUCAAAAACACUUGUGUCCUCAUAUUGUUAUUUAUUUAUUUCUCUCUUCCUAAAUAAAUAAUAUGAUAAUAAUAUUCAUUCCUUUCAAUUCAUUUUAAAUACUUCUCUUCAUGCAAAGGCUGAAGUUUUAUAGAUUAUAACAAACUAUACAAAUAACCUUGAACUACUUUUCAAAACUAAUAUGUGUAAAUUCUGUUUCGUUUUGCUUAUGUGAUUUAUCAAUAAGAAUCUAAUACAAUUAGAAUUGAUAAACAGUUUCAUUAAUCUAAUAAUAGAUGUUUUUCUAUUCUAAAUCAUGAAAGACUUUCAUCAUAGAUGAUUCAACCAGCUGUAAUAAUUUGUGUAAUCAUUUCAGUGAAUUUCGCCCUGAAAUCUGAUUGGUUCAUUCAUAUGCUUUAUUUUUACCGCCCAAUAUUUUCAUAAUUCAAUAAAUCAGAUCGUGGAAUUUUUCAAACCUUCUGAAGUUGUACAUCAACCAGCUGCAAAAGAAUCAAUAAUCAAAUCACAGCAUAAUUACAAUACUGAUGAAUUAUUAACAAGACGUUGUCCAGAUUUUCAUCGUUUACAAGGUAUUAUAUCAGUAUUAUCUGCAUCAUCAUUAGCUGAAAUUCGUGAUAUAUUAUGGAAUGAUGGUAAUGGACCAUUAUCUAUUGAAUCUCAUUUAACAACAUCUGAAUUACGUUGUUUAAUAAAAGCUUUAUAUAGUAGUUCAUCAUUUCGUGAUGAAUUAUUACAAAAAUUACAUUGAUAUUUCAUCCCUCCCCUUCCCUAUCCCCCUUCGUCCACUGAUUGUAUUUUCGUUUUCAUUUAAUGUUCUGUUUCUUUGUAAUAAGAUUUUCUUAUGUUUC